CUCUUCGGUUCGUUUCGGUGUGUGAUAUACGAAAAAUCACGAAUUUAUAACCUAGUCUCACACAAACGAAACACACACUAAGUGGUCGCGGGCAAUCUAUCGCGGUGUAGUGGACUUCGGGUAUUCACGUUACCAUCGUCGCGGGCGAAGUUCUUUUUUUUAACAUCCUGAAAGACGACGACGACGAAUAUCAUUCUAAACAUUUAGUUGAUUAAUCAAAGAGUCCAACAACAAGUGAAAAGUAUUUUCAACGACAACGAGAAUAACACAAGAGGAUGCACCCUCGGCGUCGUGGCAGAGGUUCCUAAGGGACGCACCACUCUCUUCCUCAACUACUCGGCGCGACAAUAAUGGCCGAGAACCAAGGAAACUCGUCAGGUAAAGGUACAGGCAAUAGAUCAUUCAAUUUAUCUGGUCUGGAUUUCAGAACUAACUCUGAAGUUCAAAAUGAUAUGUCUGCUGAAAAAAGGAGACAAAUAAAAAUUGGAUUUCAACCUCAAGGUGUAAACUUGCCCCAUUCAAACAUGACAAGUUCUAAUUCUAUAACUGGAGCUGCAUGUCCUGUAAUGUCCAGGAUCUCACGUCCAAGCUUGCCUUUAGCCAUACCAAAACUUCCUGCAAAAUCUAAUGUUGUGACUCAACCACCCGAGUUCUUACCAGAUAAAGCUAGAGAUAAAUUUAGAAUGUGUCAUUCCAUGCAAAGCACAGGAAAAUUACAACUUAGUCCAGAUACAGUAUAUGAUUUUACAAGUGAAGAUCUCCAGGAUCUGGGAGAAAUUGGCAGAGGAGGUUUUGGAACUGUAAAUAAAAUGAUACAUAGGAUAAGCAAUACUGUCAUGGCUGUGAAAAGAAUUCGUUCUACUGUAGACGAAAAAGAGCAGAAGCAAUUAUUGAUGGAUUUGGAAGUUGUCAUGAAAUCCAAUGAGUGUCCUUACAUUGUGCAAUUUUAUGGGGCUUUGUUUAAGGAAGGAGACUGCUGGAUAUGCAUGGAAUUAAUGGAUACUUCGUUAGAUAAAUUUUACAAAUUUAUUUAUGAAACAUUAGAUGAUAGAAUACCCGAAGCUAUUUUAGGUAAAAUCACAGUUGCAACUCUGAAAGCAUUAAAUUAUUUAAAAGAAAAAUUACGGAUUAUUCAUCGGGAUGUCAAACCAAGUAAUAUACUGCUUGAUAGAGGAGGUAACAUAAAGCUUUGUGAUUUUGGUAUUUCUGGUCAGUUAGUGGAUUCAAUAGCUCGAACUCGUGAUGCCGGUUGUAGGCCUUACAUGGCUCCUGAAAGAAUAGAUCCUCAACGUGCAAGAGGCUACGACGUAAGAAGUGACGUAUGGUCUCUUGGUAUAACAUUAAUGGAAGUAGCAACAGGGUCUUUUCCUUAUCCAAAAUGGAAUUCUGUGUUUGAGCAAUUAUAUCAAGUUGUGCAAGGCGAACCUCCAAGAUUAUCUCCCAAUCAAAACGGAAAUCACUUUACCAUGGAUUUCGUUAACUUCGUGAAUACAUGUCUCAUCAAGGAAGAAAAUCAGCGUCCAAAGUACAAUAAACUUUUAGAUCAUCCGUUUAUACAGAUGUCUGAAGGGGCAACGAUAAACGUAGCUGCAUAUAUUGGCGGCGUUUUGGACAAUAUGGCUAAUAAAGGUGUUACUCCUUUCACCACGAACCAGCCUUAAAAUUAUAGACAAGAGAAAAUAAUAAGCCAAUAAGAAAUUUAAAAAAGAAAAGGAAAAACAAAAGAAUACGUGUGCGAUAGGGAGCAUGAUAAAAACGAAUGAGGGAAAAGAAAGAUAAUAAACCUGUUUCAUCGUUAUUGCAAUCCUGCGUUUCCUAUCCUCAAUUGCCGACGUAAUAAUAUAAUUAGGAGGACCAGAAGAUUCUCCAUCAUAGCGUAAUUGUAAUUAAGCGAUGCAACAUCAUUUUAGAGCUCUACUUUCUGCAUCGUCUAACACUCGUACACGUAAUGCGAGUACGUUAAGGGAUCUUUAUCUACGAUGUUUCAAGUAGUUCGAGACUAUCAAAAAACACAAUAACAAAAAAAACGUUAAAGAAACAUUUUUGAAUAAAAAUAAAGUGAAAUUAUAUACAUAUUACAACGUCCGGACAAUUUUGCACAGUUUUAUUAUACACAAAUUACUGUGCAUAGUAAUAUUGCCAAUAAUUGAUUUUCAUCAUAAUACUAUACAUAAUAGUUGGAUGUAUAAUAAAACCGUGCACAAUUGUCUGCACGCCCAUAUUACACGGUCGCAUUUACUGAAGCAGUGAUGUAAUAAGCUUUAUAAAAAGCAAUUGAUUUCUUGAUUAUAUUUAUUGCCAGUGCAUUUACAAAAAUAUUGAAAUUUAAACAAAAGAUUGUUGAUUCUAUGGUAAAGAAUUGUCACGUAUUCACACGAUUUAUACUCAAGCAUUUAUACGCAGCGUAUAUCACUGUUCAAAAAAAGAGAAACAAUAAGAGAACUUAGUCAUUUUUUGAUGUACGAACAAUUGUGCACGGUUUUAUUAUACACAUAAAUUAUUGUACACAGUAAUAUAACUAAUAAUUGAUUCACACCAUAUUAUUAUGCUUAGUAGUUUGUACAUAUAUAUAAUGAAAUCAUGCACAAUUGUCCGUUCUCCGUAAUUUUUUUAUUGUACUGACAAUUUUUGCAGUUCAUUACUAAUAUUAUUGCGAAAUGAGCGUGAAAUUUGAGAGCUAUGUUGUACAAUUUUUCAUUUUUCUCUUUAUUAUUCAGGCAAUAAAAAAAUAUGAAAGGAAAGAUAGAUUACGUAAUUGUAUGAAAUAAUCAAGAAUUAAACGCUUUUCUAAAGAAUAUUAUUCAGAGCUUCUCAUGUAAAGUGAUAAUAGAUCGCGUGCGAUUGUCGAUAUUAUAGUUCGGUAUCGAACUGCUCGAAAACUAAAAAACAAAAAAUUUAUAACGCAUUGGGAUAUUUAAUUAUCAUUAUCUCCAGAAAGUGAAUAAGAGUCUUCAAUUCCAAAGCAAUCAAGAUUACCACUUUUAUUAGAUAAAUACAACAGCCAUGUAAUGCAAUGUACACCGCGUAUGAGUUCACGCCUUUCGAAUUUUUUCUAAGAAACACACCAAGUUAAAGAAAUACACCUGUACACAUAUGCCAUUUUGGAGACGUAGUAUCGCCAAAAAGACAGGUCAAAUUGUCUUGCCUGUUUGUCCCGGCGAUGUUUGUUAGAUUAAAUGCUUAUUGCGUGGCAUCAUGAGUGAAAACCGAAAAUUCGAGUACUGUAACUUAAGAUAAAAUAAAUUAUCACAGAAUGAGUACUUCGUGAUAUAAUUUUUUGUAGCUUUUUUAGUUCGUCAUGCACUUUCUUUUUAUCUUACAUUUUCUGUGAACCCGUCUUAUAUAUCUCUCUUUUUAUUUCUUCGUGCGUUUGCUUUAUGUAAAUGACUGUAUUGAAUUAUGUGGUAUUUUCAAACUUGUCUUAUCAGAAGUUUCUGAUGUGCUUACCGCAGCGUAAAAACUGCGGGUACAGCUGCACGACGAUACAAGAGCAUAACUAGCAUACAACUUCUUUUUGACCAACGCAAUGUGGGUUUUUUCUGUCUAAAAUAUAAUUUUUACGGGAACACUUUAGCAUGACAAAAGACUUGGAAAAAUCCACAGAGAUGAUAAAGUUGUUUUUUCAAGUGAACAUCCUGAUUAUACCUUUCUAAAUUUGUAAAAUAUUAUUUAUAUUUUCAUAAUCAUAAAUAUUCCUUAAAAAGUAUUUCAGUGUUGCUGUAUGAUUUAAAUUAAGCUGAAUGAUGCAGUUGAACUGUUUUGAUUAAAUUAGUUAAUUAAUUA